ACCCGCCUCUUCUGCACCCUCCACCGGCAGCCUCCAGGAAUUGACUUGUCCAAGUACACAGAGAAGUUUGCUCAGAGAAUGGCCAUGGCUGGCAUCAAACCCCAUCACCGUCUUGCAAUAGCUGUUUCUGGUGGUCCUGAUAGUAUAGCACUUUGUGUAUUAACUGCUGCUUGGAAAUGCAAUAAAUUUAAUGCUGCUGACAAACAAAGAAACAAGUCAACUAAUGGCCUUUUGGCAAUUGUUGUGGAUCAUGGGUUGCGAGUAGAAAGUGCAGAGGAAGCAAGCAUCGUUUACAAUCGAGUCCAAGAUAUGGGAAUCAAAUGUGUAGUAGUCCGCUGUGAAUGGUUGGAUGGUAGGCCCAAGCCUGGUCACUUACAAGAAGCAGCUCGCAAUAAGAGGUGUUUGUUCUGCUUAUAA